UCGCGCACACGCACGCGCUCAGCUCGAGCUGGUCGUGUUUUCUCGCACUUGCAGACGCGCUCUCAAAUCGCGCUCCUCUCGCGUUCCCCUUGCCCGGUGGUGCGGCCAUGGCAGACAGCGCCAGCGAGAGCGACACGGACGGCGCGGGCUGCAGCGCGUCAGUCCCGCCGCUUUCCUCCUCGUCCUCUUCGGCCGCCUCAGCGCCCGGCGGCGGUGGCGGCGGUAGCAGCGGCGGCAAGCAGGGCGUCGUCAUCUCGCAGUCUCGGCUGGAGGAGCUGACGAACCGCCUGGCCUCGCUGCAGCAGGAGAACAAAGUGCUGAAGAUCGAGCUGGAGACGUUCAAGCUGAAGUGCAAGUCCCUGCAGGAGGAGAACCGGGACCUGCGCAAAGCCAGCGUAACCAUCCAAGCGAGGGCAGAACAAGAAGAGGAGUUCAUCUCGAACACCUUGUUUAAGAAGAUCCAGGCUCUGCAGAAGGAAAAAGAGACGCUUGCCGUGAACUAUGAAAAGGAGGAGGAGUUCCUCACUAACGACCUGUCUCGGAAACUUAUGCAGCUCCAGCAUGAGAAGGCUGAGCUGGAACAGCACUUGGAGCAGGAGCAAGAGUUUCAGGUUAACAAACUGAUGAAGAAGAUCAAGAAGCUGGAGAACGACACUAUCUCCAAGCAGCUCACCCUAGAACAACUGCGUCGUGAGAAGAUAGACUUGGAGAACACUCUAGAACAGGAGCAGGAGGCGCUGGUUAACCGACUCUGGAAGCGUAUGGACAAGCUGGAGGCUGAGAAAAGGAUCCUGCAGGAGAAGCUUGACCAGCCUGUGUCGGCCCCACCUUCUCCACGGGAGGUUUCCAUGGAGAUUGACUCUCCUGAGAACAUGAUGCGGCACAUUCGCUUCCUGAAGAGCGAGGUGGAGAGGCUCAAACGCAGCCUGCGCACAACCGAGCUACAGCACACAGAGAAGAGGGCUCAGUACAUUGAGGAGGAGCGGCAGAUGCGGGAGGAGAACAUGCGUCUGCAGAGGAAGCUGCAGAGAGAGAUGGAGAGGAGGGAGGCUCUGUGCAGGCAGCUCAGCGAGAGUGAGAGCAGCCUAGAGAUGGACGACGAGAGGUAUUUCAAUGAGAUGUCUGCUCAGGGAUUAAGAGCCCGCACCGUGUCCAGUCCCAUCCCCUACACCCCUUCGCCCUCCUCCAGCCGCCCCAUAUCCCCAGGUUUGUCGUACACCAGUCACACGGUGGGCUUCACACCACCAGCCACGCUCAGCCGAGCCCCCCUUCCCCACUACACCCCUCCAGGACUGCACAUCCACCCAGGACCCUCCCACGGAGUUCAGAGGCCGUCCCCCAGGAGAAGCAACAGCCCGGACAAAUUCAAGCGCCCCACACCCCCGCCCUCCCCGAACACACACUCCGGGGCGCAGCAACACCCUCCUCCUCCGCCCCCUCCUCCAGCACAGCCAGGGAUCCAGUCUGGCCCUUCUCACUCGGCUAUGUCCCAGCACCCCCCUGUCCAGCCUUAAUGCAUGCGCCGCGCACCAUCACACGCUAGGCUAGGCUACAAACCACCAAGAAACCAGGCCAUCCUCCACUGGGCCACUGCUAAAGCGGGCGAGAAUGGGGCGGCUUUGGACGGACUGGGAGAGAGAAAAGUGGACUGUGAGGUUUUAGGAACAGAGAGCGGAGUUGACCGGUGGCUACGUCUUGAUUUGGGCUCAAACUCAGCAGUCAUGUCACAUGUUUUGCUUUAGAAUGGAAGAGAUGCUUAUGAAAAGCAUAGAGAUUUUGGGUUUUUUUUUUGUUUUGUUUUAUUUGGUUUUUUUGUGUUUGGUUUUUUUAGGUUUGCUGUCCAGAGCUUCCCAACCCUGAGCCCUCUGGCUAGCACUGUGGCUAGCCCACAGCUGAACUGGGCAUAACAAAACACCUGAGACUGUAUCCGGCCAUAUACUGCUUUUAGAUUCUAUGAUCUAAAAUAAUCAAGACGAUCAAAUACAUAAGUGGAGAAUAUCAUACUACUUGUAGAUAUGAUGGCAAACAGCUCAGCCAAAGGGAAAGCUCCAGAAGGAGUGAAGGGGAGUGGGAAGUGCUCUGGAUAGCUCAGCUGACAUGGGAGAGCUAAACGCAGGUUGAUUUGUUUAUUCGUUUGUUUUUUAGGUUGAUUAAAUCCCAUGUAAGGCUGUUAAGCACAGUGUGUAGAGAAGGCAAAGGCAGGACAGUCAUGGAAACUUCGACAGCACUUGUUGCCACUUUUGCAUGUGUGUAUAAAGCUGAAAGAGUGCAGUGUGAGUGUGCGUGAAUUGGUGUUGGAGGAAGUUGCUCUUUUACACUGAUCUGAGGCCAGUUUUGCAGGUUUUCGAACUGUUAAGAGGUUUCAGCCAACUCAACAUGGCUGUCAGUUCUUAGCAAACAAUAUGGCCUGGCCAGACGGAGCUGCGGCCAUCGAACUGCCCACUCGACGACCCAUUAAAGCUGCAUGAUAUGGACAGAAUACUAGCGCUGCAGUGAUAUUGCUAUUGACCUAUACCUUGCAUUGUAUUAAAGGGACCUUAUUACCUUUAAAGAGUUGUAGCAUGGAAUUGCGUUUUAAAGAAUAUAAAGCACGCACCAAACCAUACAGGCCACAUAACAACCAAUCUGCUUGGUUGAGUAGUGUUGGUCCAGUGGAAUUGUCUUGCACCUCUUCUUGAGGCUAAUUUACAUUUUUGACGGGCUUGAUUAGGUAGGAACAGCCUGACGUCUCUGCAUCUGUGGCAUAGUUUAACUACCAUGCAUAGAAAUUUCUCUGUGCGUAAUUCCAAACACUCAGAACAUACUAGGAGGCCAGUUGGCUUUUGUAUUAUUAUUAUUAUUAUUAUUAUUAUUAUUAUUAUUAUUAUUAUCAUGAUUAUUAUUAUUUAAAUUUCUUUUACUAAGUGCCAGGAAACCUCCAAGGUAAACUACCGAUGCAGCAGAUGGUGAUCAGGGUGGGGUACUUCUUUAAAUUCCCCAGCUUCAGAAUCCCACAUUGUUAAAUCAGCUUAUUACCAAACCUGUAAAGGUUGUAAUUGGGAUGUUACAACAAAACCAAAACACUGAAUGUGCAGUGGUUCCCUCUGGAACAGAAGAAUUUGGAAACAGUGACUUUAGGCCUUCUACGUAUAGUUGCCAAAGUUCCUCAAAGGUCUCGGAAUCCUGAUCUCCACGUCAUGGUUCCCAGAUCUUCACAGCAGUCUUAAAGUCAAAACUGGCCUCAGAUCUGUAGGCAUGGGCCGCUCCUCCACGUCUCCUCUCUGUCCACCCCACCAUAAGGCACUGGAGCAGAACAGAGGGAAGGACGAGGAAGAGGAAGUAAGUGCCCUCAACUUAACUGUCACUGUCAUAAACAAAAUGUACCAACAGCAACAGGUGAGAUACAAGGUACUGUUGAACAAAUUAACCUUGAUACGAUUAAAAGCUUGUACAAAAACA